GCGCCGAAGGCGACGACCACCACGGCGAGUCCGGGCCCCACGGCGACCGCGGAGGCGGCGUGGACGUGUCACACCUACGUGGGCGUCAUCGGCCGCGCGAACUGCGAGAAGGGAGCUGCCGAUGGCAUGGAGCACAAGUUCUUCGGUGCCGCAAACCCCUGCCGGUGCUGGUGCUGCAAGCGGCCUGCAGAUGGGAACGUGACCUCGGCGACGACCAUGACAACGGCAACCACAACGAUGUCCGUGUCGACGACCACGUCAGUGAGCGAAACGACAGUCUCCGUGAGCGAAACGACUGUCUCCGUGUCGACGACCACGACCAUGAGCGACACAACGAUCUCCGUGUCGACGACCACGACCGUGAGUGACACAACGGUCUCUACGUUCACAGUAAUCUCUGUGACGACUCCGAGGCCCAUAAUGACGACGCUAGUAUCUGCGACGACGAGGCCAGAGCCCAAUUCUCUAGAAGCCGCCAAGCAGAACUGCUCGAUGUACGACGGCAUCACGCAUUUCAAUGCGGUCCUCCCUCCUCCCUCCUGCGUGGACGUAAUUAUCCAUCCUUGCUUUUAUCUUCCUGCUUCGUCAUGA